AUGAAUAAAGAAGACAUCCUUGAUGCCAUCAAAAGUUAUGCAAUUGAGAAUGGGAAAAAUUUGAAACUUGUCAAGAAUGAUAGAAAACGAAUAAGGGUUAGAUGCUUGGGUUCAAAAGGAGAAUGCCGAUGGGUGGCAUAUUUUGGUUUCAUGGGUGCGGUUAAUUCAUGGCAACUGAGGACUGUGGUUGACAGUCAUACAUGUAGUAGGGAACACAAGGUUCGACUAUUCAAUGCGAAAUGGCUGAGUAGAAAACUGGAAAAAAUAGUGAGAGAGAAUCCUAAUGUCAAGGGAGUUGAUAUUAGAGACAAAAUUUCUAGGAAAUGGAAUAUAGCCAUAUCUAAGAAUAUGGCUUAUACGGCCAAAACAUACGCAUCAGACAAAGUGGCAGGUUCCUUCACUGAGCAAUAUACUAGAAUAGUUGAUUAUGCAAAUGAGUUAUUAGCAAGAAGCGUUGGGUCUACAAUCAAGGUAAAAGUUGAGGCUUAUGAUGGGAAUGAGGGGAAAGUAAUAUUCCAGAGGUUUUAUGCAUGCCUAAAAGCAUGCAAAAAUAGCUUUCAUUCAUGCUGGCCAAUCAUUGGUCUUGAUGGAGCCUUCUUGAAAGGCAGACAUCAUGGUGAUCUAUUAACUGUUGUGGCCCGAGAUGCAAACGACCAAAUGUUGCCAUUGGCGUAUGCAAUUGUUGAAGUUGAAAACAAGGACACGUGGACAUGGCUUCUGGAGCUAUUGAUUGAAGACUUAGGUGGUCCAGAUGUGUGUUCUGGACUAACUGUCAUGUCAGAUCAACAAAAGGGUUUAAGAUAUGCUGUAGAAGAUGUUAUUCCUAGAGUUGCACAAAGAUUUUGUGUAAGGCAUUUAUAUGCCAACUUCAGGAAAAAAUUCCCUGGAAAAAACUUGAAAAGGCUCAUGUGGAGGGCAGCUACAACAACCCAUCCACAACAGUGGGAUACUGAGAUAAGACGUAUGAAAGAGGUUAAUGAAGAUGCUUUUAAACAUCUGAUGUCCAUUCCUCCAAGGUUUUGGUCAAGAUCAAGGUUCACAACCACAACUCAAAGUGAUACCUUGGUAAAUAACAUGUCAGAAGCUUUUAAUAGCGUUCUGGUAAAUACAAGGACCAAACCAAUUAUUACAAUGUUGGAGGACAUCAGAUUGUACAUGAUGAAGAGAUGGGCAGCUAAUAGGUCAAGGGUGACCUCUUUUAAAUCAGCAAAUUGUCCUAAAAUUCUGAGUAGAUUACAGAAGGAUGCACUACAAACAAAGAACUGGGUUCCCAGCUGGUCUGCACAGAAACGUUUUGAGAUCAGACAUGUGUCCCAAAGUGGGGACAACUUUAUGGUGGAUAUAGAUAAAUAUACAUGUUCCUACAGGAAGUGGAGCAUCAGUGGAAUUCCUUGUGUGCAUGCAUUGACAGCAAUGAAGUUUCUGAACCUAAAUGCAGAAGACUAUCUACCUGUAUGGUUUAAAAAGUCAACCUAUGAAGAGAUGUAUUCCUCCAUUAUAUACCCCAUUAAUGGAAAACAUCUAUGGGAGGUCACUCAAUGUCCAGAUGUCUUGCCUCUACCAAAAAGACAGUUGCCUGGUCGUCCUAAGAAGAAAAGGAGAUUAGAGCAAUGGAAGUUGAAGAAAAGUACUACCAAAAUGUCUAAAGGGGGCUUACUCAAGAGAUGUACCAUCUGUAGGGAAGUGGGACACAACAAAAGAAAUUGCCCAAAACGAACCCAAGGGCAGCAAGAGGGAGAACCCAGCACAUUGCCUCAGGGUCAACCAGAUGGAGCAGAUACACAAACAACUUGA